AUGAGGAUGGUGGUGGGCGUGAUGGUCCUUGGUCAGCUACUGACGAGGAUCUUGCUCGCGGCCCACGCAGGAGAUCGCCUCGCAGCAGCUCGCAGAAUUCUAAAGGACGUGCCACUGAUAGAUGGACACAACGACCUACCCUGGAAUAUACGGAAGUUUCUGAAGAACCAACUAAGGGAGUUCAGGUUUGAUGACUUAAGUGACAUUCAUCCCUGGUCACGGAGCGCCUGGAGCCACACAGAUCUCAAGAGAUUGAGGCAAGGCAUGGUUGCAGCGCAGUUCUGGUCCGCGUAUGUGCCCUGCUCGUCGCAGCAUCUCGACUCGGUCCAGCUGGCCCUGGAACAGAUCGAUCUUAUUCGCCGAUUGGUCAACAAGCAUGCGGACAGUAUGGUCCUCGUUACCACAGCGGAAGGUAUCGAGAGGGCGCACAAAGAGGCUAGAUUAGCAAGCCUAAUAGGAGUCGAAGGGGGCCAUGCUGUUGGAGCAAGUCUGGCGGUCCUGAGGAUGCUGUACGAGUUGGGCGCCAGGUAUCUCACCCUCACGCACACGUGUAACACGCCUUGGGCAGACUGCAGCACGGCGGAUGAACCCGGUCAAGUGCCUCAAAUCGGUGGUCUCUCGAAUUUCGGCAAGAGUGUCGUGCUGGAGAUGAAUCGACUUGGGAUGAUGGUGGACCUCUCUCAUGUCUCGGUGCCCACGAUGCUGGCAGCUAUGACGACGUCGAGGGCGCCAGUGAUUUUCAGUCACAGCAGCGCUCACGCUCUUUGCAACUCCUCGCGAAAUGUGCCUGACCACGCGCUGCGACUUUUGGCGCAGACUGGUGGUAUAGUUAUGGUAUCCUUCUAUCCCCAUUUUAUCAGCUGUGGCGAAAAAUCGACGCUUGAGGAUGUAGCAGCGCACAUCAAUCACGUGCGGAAGAUAGCCGGAGUGGAUCACGUCGGCAUCGGGGCUGGAUACGACGGGAUCAAUUUAACACCAACGGGUCUGGAGGAUGUCAGCAAGUAUCCGGAGCUCUUCGCGGAAUUGCUAGCGCAUGGAUGGUCGGAGAAAGACAUUCAGAAGUUGGCUGGUCUGAAUCUUAUACGGGUGUUCAAGGCGGUAGAACAGAUUCGCGACAACCUGGCCGCUGAAGGGAUGGAGCCGCUGGAGGAGGAGAUCCCGCAGGAGGAUAUAAUCGGUCGUGAUUACUGCCGUUACAACAUAAAGCGUCCGAUGACUUAA